UUUAAUUAAAGCGCACACGUUUUGAACCGCCGAUGUUGGCUUCGGUGGCUGGCGCUCCACGCUCUACAGACGGCGCUGGCCGCGACUUCGGCGCGCUGGGCGUGGCGUCCGCGCUGCAGGCCCAGCUGGCGGCGCGCGGGCUGCACCAGCCGCUGCCGGUGCAGGCGGCCGCGGUGCCGCUGGUGCUGUCGGGGCGGGACGUGGCCAUCAAGUCCUGCACCGGCUCCGGCAAGACGCUGGCCUACGUCCUACCAGUCAUCCAGUUGGCAUUGCAGCGGCGGGCGGCCGCCGAGGCCGCCGCUACUGCCGCGGCUGCUGCGUACACGGCCGCAACAGCAACAGCCGGGGAGCCCGGAGCCACCGCAUUGAUCGCCGCCGCCAAGUCGCGGGCGACGGCGCUAAAGCAGGCGGGGAGGAGCGUCCAGGCUGUCAUAGUGGCGCCCUCACGUGAGCUGGGCAUUCAGAUACAGCGCGCGGCGCAGGAGCUGCUGCCGCCGUCCGCCAGCCGGCAGCUGGUGCAGCAGGUGAUUGGCGGCGCCAACCCGAAGCGCCAGGCUGCGGCGCUGUCCGGCGGCGAGGCGGGCGUGUGGCCGGCGGUGGUUGUGGGCAGUCCGGGCCGGCUGGCGGACCUGGUGCAGCGCGGAGCACUGGCAGUGUGGGGCUGCCCGCUGCUGGUGCUGGACGAGGUUGACACGCUCCUGGCGCAUGACGAUUUCCGGGGCCACGUGGACACCAUCGCCUCCCAUGUGGGCCGCCGGGUGGCACCCGCCGCUGCCGCUGCCGGAGCUUCCAGCACGCCGAUGCCGCCACCGGGUGGCGACCCUGCCGAAAUCGCCAGCAGCAGUAGAAUUGGUAGCGGUAGCGCCUCCGGUGGCGGCCGCCAGACAAUCCUGGUAAGCGCGUCCCUGGACCCGCAGCGGCUGCAAGCCUACAGCCGCUGGUGCGCCCAGCCGGAUGCUGCUGCAUCUGCUACUGCCGAUGGUGGCGGCAGUAGCAGGCCGCUGGCGCUGGUGGCACUGGACAGCAGGUCCGCGCUGCCCGAGGAGUACCUGCGGCGGCAGCUGCUGCGGGCACAAGGCGAGGGGGAGCCCGGGUUCGGAGCAAACGCGGCACGCGCGGGGACUGCUGCCCAGACGGCGUCAGAUACGGCGAGACUACCAGGCCUGUCGUCACUGCAACCCAUGACUGAGCCUGCAGCAGCGGCCAAUCACCAGCGGCUACAGCUGGAGCCCACAACCCCGGAGGCCUCCGCUGCUGCUCGUUCCUGCGACGGCGCCCACCAGCCUUCUCCUCCUCCCGGCUCGUCUCCUGCCACCAGCCCUGACCCCAGCAACGCGACCAGCACCGGCCUCAGCACCAGCGUGAACAACACAUCAGAAGGCAGCAGCAUCCACAGCAGCCCGGCCCUGGCAGACAUCCUGCCGCCGCACCUGGCACAUGUGUAUGUGUUGUGUCCGGCCGAGCACCGCACGGACCGAGCGCGGAGGCUGGUCCAUGCGCUGGGCUCGGAGCGGGCGCUGCUGUUCGUGGGCCGGACCAAUCAGGCCAUGGUGACCAAGUACAAAUUGGAGGCCAGAAACAUGGAGGUGUCGGUUUUGCACGGCCGGCUGUCGCGGCUGGAACGCUCCAACAUCGUGGCGGCCUUCCGCGCCGGCACCUUCCGCGCCCUGGUGGCCACGGACUUGGCGGCGCGCGGCCUGGACCUGCCGGACUGCGACACAGUCAUAAAUAUGGGGCUGGCGCCUGACGCACUGGCGUACGCGCACCGCGCGGGCCGGGCGGGGCGCGCGGGCGCGCCGGGCGUGGUGGCGAGCGUGGUGAGCCGGGCGGAGCUGCCGGCGCUGGAGGCGGCGGCGGCCCGGCUGGGAGUGACGCUGCAGGCCAUUUCUGUUGCGCACGGCAGCAUCGCUCCGCAGGACCAGGUGGGCACAGAGGACAACCCGCAUACACGGCCGGGGACACGAAGAGGCUUCGUCAAGCGCAAGGCGUAAUGACUGGCGAUGCAUCGAGUGGCUAUCAGCAGGAAAGGCCGUGAGGUGUGCACGAGGGUCUCCGUUGAUUAAGCGUGUAUGCGCGAUGGGGAGAAUAGAGGUGUGCAAGCGCGCUGGGCAUGUUGAAGCUGGACAUGUCCGGACAUGCCAACCUGCCACGGCCUGAACGGGCCCUGUAACGCAAGUGAACUUGGACUUGGACUGCCAUAUUGCAUCACCAGGCAGAUGUGGCUAAUAGCCGGCAAGCAAAGGGCACAGCACGUUUGGCCACGGUUUCCAAGGAGUUGCGGAGAAGUGGUUGGAAGGGGGUUGCAGCAGUUGCACCUGGAAGAGGAACGCCGGUCCCGAGCCAAGUCUUCGGCUUUCCCCAUCUCAAGUCUUAU